AUGAAAUUUAAUGUAAUGAACUGUUGAUACACGGAUGGACAUAACUUUUACCUUGUGGAAUGAGUAACAGCCAUGCACCAUUUGUUCCAGCUGGUAUUAGAGCAGAAAGAUCUUUCCAGAGCAGGUGACUUGUUCUCUUUAGAUGAUUUUGAAAUUGAAGGUAGCCUGUCUGAAGCUCUGGAACAGAUCAGGAUUAUUUCAUCCUCCUCGGAUUACCAAACUAAUGACAAUGAUCAAGCAGUUGUAGAAAUCUGCAUCACUCGUAUUACAACAGCAAUUAGGGAAACGGAGACCAUUGAGAAACACGGCCAAGCUCUUGUGUCACUUUGGGAAUCAUGUCUGGAGCACAACCUGAAGCCACCAGCAAAAGAUGAAGAUACUCCACAUGCCAAGAUUGCAUCCGAUAUCAUGAGCUGCAUUCUACAAAAUUAUAACAAGCCUACAAUCAUGUCCCUGGCAGUACCGCUUGCAGUAAGAUUUCUUCAGCAGGGAAACAAAGAGCUGUGCAGAAACAUGUCAAAUUACAUUUGUCUGGUAGCCAUUGCAAAAGCAGAUCUGCUGGUAGAUCACGUAGAGGCAAUUCUAAGGAGCAUCCUGCAAGGUAAUAGCAUGCUGCUCCGAGUGCUUCCAUCAGUCUAUGACAUGAGGCCACAACCAAUACAUCAUUGCUUGAGGGACCUGGUAUCACAGAUGUCCCAUUUAAAUGAAGGCGAACAGCAUCACAUGCUAAGAUUACUACAGGCUAUUGCCAAAACCAAACAACCCAAGGUAUUAACAGAAACUGUCCCUUUCCUUAUGGAAUAUUUAUCUGAUCCCAGUUAUAGUGAUAUCAUCCUUAACAUACUCCUAGACAUAUCAUCAUAUGAACCCCUCACCCUGACUGGGUCUCUUUCCGCAAUGAAGGAAGUCAGUGAACAUUUCCCAGGACUUAUUGGACAGAUAGCAAAGAUUUACGGAGCAGUGGGUCAUGUAAAUGAGACAAUGGCCAAGAUGUGUCUGACGUAUCUGGUGAAUCAGUUGAAUAACAUGGAACACUCGUUUCAUCAUUUACUUCUCACGGAGAUUAAGAACAUUACAAACACAUUUAAUGAAGUCCUGGCCAUUCCAGGAAGAGACAUGUGCAGAAUGAGUAACAGCCUGACUGCAAUAGCCAAGAUUCUGAAUGAACACCUAACUGAUGAAGCAAUGCCAGCAUGCAGGAAAGAAAGCAGCAUUCAAGAAGAACCAGCAUUUUAUGUCCAGGAUACACACCAGUCCUUUUUUCAUAGUGGUUGUGGAGAGAAGAUGGAAGGAGGCAUUCAAACUGACAGUAAUCGGACUGGUCGUAAUGACGCUGCUUUUGGAACAAUCUGCCUACAUAAUGAUAUCAAAGUGUCCAAUACAGACAGUAAAGACAUGGCAUUUAACAGGUCAAAAAACUCAGCAUUGAAGUCAUCAAGCACAAAAUGUUUGAAUUUGGAUAGUAAUCAAGACCCUGAAAAUGUAGACAUUGUUGGUCUAAUGUCUUUUUCACAUAUGUUUCUACAUCACGACAAUGAAAGAUUACCAUCUGGCUCCAACAUUGACGAAUCCCAAAUGGGAAAAGUUACAGAAUUAGUUCAAUUUAAAAACUGUAUUGAGACAAAAGGUGAAAUAGAGCCAGAAUAUUUUGAAAACCAAAAAGGGGUAAUUAAGGAACCUCAUAAUGAACAUGAUACAUUUUUUCAACAUUUGAAGGAUAACAUAAAUGAGUUAAAAAACUAUGUCACUGAAAUGGGGAAGAAAAUUCCUGUGCCAGACCAAUGUGUCAUUGAAGUGAACAUAUUUUACUGUAGUUUGACUGAUGCAUAUGACUCACCUCAAAUGUAUCCAGAAGCCAGGAGGUACUUAGAUUACAUAACUGGGAAACUGGUCUAUUUCAUUUCAUUAGGAUAUAAUAUGAGGACUUUUGGGGGCGUGGCUUGGCAAUGGCCACGUGAAGCAGCAGAAUCCUAUAGCUCCGGACACAGCUUCGUCGUUACAGGCAUCCUGAGCCACUUCAUCGCCUAG